CGACGACUAUCCACCUGCACCUCACCGCCACCACGGAGGUCACAACGACUGAGACCACAUCGCUUGCGCCGGUUCCAACAGCAGGCGACUGGGAGACUGUUUUGAUACCAGUGCUACAAAGCGGAAGUGUGCUUGCCAGUUACUCCGCUGCAGGCAUCGAUACGAGCUUUACUUCAGCUUCGAGCGAAUCGUCUUCGGCUCAAGCAAUAUAUAUGCCAUGCGAAACCGGUCCGGUUAUCAAUGGCCAGAGCUCGUGGGCUGGUACUUCGUACUGCCUGGCAGCAAGCGCCACGAUGAAGGUGAGUACAAUGCAGCGUUAGGGCUCGCUGAAUACCACUGGCUCUUCCAGUCAGUGCUUCUGGCGAGCAACAGUGAUCAGUGGUAGCCCUUCGUGGCCUGUUCGAUGCGUAUUCACCUCUGCUAAAGCGAUGAUGUCGACAACAACUCUCACAGCCGUAAGCACGAAGUGGCUUACGUCUACUUUGGCAAACAUCAUGUCAACCACGGCGAGCAACCUAACGACGAUGCUCAUGUCCACAACAGGGGUCACGACGGCGAGCACGUCCGCUCUCAACCCCACAACUACCUGCUAUCCAGACGCGUACGGCCAAACAAAUUGUUUUGAUAUUGUCACGCCGAGCACCUCUUGGUGCACAACCAUGGGUUGUCAAUGGUAUGCAGUCACGGGAACAGAGAGUACUAUAACGACAGCGUCGCUGCUGCCGACAGUCUCGGCAAUACCCAACUCCACGGCGAUACAGGAGUGUCUGAACGCACGUGGAGGCGUGUUUAACGGUAUCGUCAGUCCUGGCUGCGCUGCCAUGCUAUGGCAUCUUGAGGCGUGCUAUAACUCAUAUGGUCCAAUCACGGAUCCGUAUAACAUACCACAAAGCCAUCUGUUCCAAGCAUGCGCUUGUGAGACAUACGAUAACACGCCGUUCAAUUCGAGCAGCUGGUUAUGGCAGAAUUUCACCGGCUGCGCGACUUGCCUUGAAGCGUCCAGUUCCGGUAUUACAAUGGACAUCCUAUCCCAGCAACUCGAGGACAUCGACAACUUCUGCCGCUCACAGAACCCGGUCAUGUAUUUGGCGAUAGCCGACUUCGAACAGUGGCUGAAGUUGGUACUGGCUGGGUUAACUCUCACCCAGCCGGUGCUAUCAGGAAUCAUCACCGAUAACUUAAAAGCCAGCUCGCUAUUCACAACAACGCCUCCACUCGCAAACCUGGCGUAUGGACCCUCUGCGCCCUUCGACGGCAGCUUGAGAGGCGUCGUUCCGAACCUGAUGACCCAGGUACUUACAAGUGUUGGCACUGGGUCCGCAUCAACAUCUACUACGGUGGUGUCUAUCACGAUGCUCGUUGAUUGGGAGUCCGCGUCGAUACCUCCAGGUUCCAUAGGUUAUUACGAUCCAACGGCUGCCAGUAUCGAGGCUGCCGAAGCUGCGAGUGCGAGCCUGCAGAGCGCAAUCAGCCAACUGGAGACUGUCGGUCAGGGAGGUCCCACGGGUCCACGAUGUAUCGGGCCUUGCCCCAAGCUCUCAUGUUCCACGAGAUUUGUUUCCAGUCAGGUGAAAAUUGCUUCAGUCAUGGUGGGGUUAGCCAUAGCUGUAUGCUUGAGUUUGUAAAUCAAAUAUUCCUAGGUUCGCAUUGCACAAAACAGCAGUUGUGCGGACGAGGGCUGCAACAACAUGUCCGAGAACCGCAAUGAACCGUGUAGUAGAUUGCAUGCCUUGGAAACUAUGCGCCCAA